AACUACUUCCUUUUUUUUUUUUGACAGAGAGAGUUAAGAUACCUCUAGAAGAAACCCACAAGAACAGUGUGGAAGACAAGGCUCAGCAAGCAGGGCUUAGCACUGCAGCUGUUGCACCUUCCUCCCCCCCCUCCCCAUAGACACACUUUCCCUGCGGACAGGAUUUGGAAACAGCACUGCAAGCAGCCUGGUUCCCACAUUGCUCUGCAAGGCCCAGCUGUCUCACUGAACAACCACUGUUGAACUCACCUCUCGCCAAGUCCUGGUCCUGGGGACUCCAGUCACCUUCCAAGUUGCAGGCUUCUGACUUUCAGAUCUUUCUGAGAGCUUCAACAAAGCCCUACUGAGCUGCUUUUUAUGCUGGCUGCACUGGGUUUUAUUCAUUAACCGAAGGAUUUCUCCCCUGCAAAGACAAUGGAUUACAACACGUUACCUGUGGAUAAGUGGGAUGAGAACCAUGUCCAAUGCUGGCUACAAUCUACUGGAAUCAAGGAAGAGUAUACAAGAAAACUACAUGAAGAAGAAGUGACAGGUCCAGUGCUUAUGAAACUGAAUGAACCUUUCCUCAAAAAAAUAGGUAUGAAGAAAGGCCAAAUCCACAUUUUACUCCUCAAAAGAGAUGAGCUUCAGCAGCAACAGGAAAAUACAAAACAAGAAAAGCAUUUCAGUAGCAAAAUGCCUGCCAGAAUUGAUACACAAAGAGAUUCAGUAAGACCCAAAGAUGUCGGUCCUCAAAAAAGUUUAGGCAAAGACAGCUGUGGCCCACCACAUGAAACAAGUGGAGAAAACACAGCUUCUGCAAGAAGCAAGAAGCAAGGGAGAAAUAAAUCCCAACCUCAAAAUACUGAUGAAGUUUUAGACAUCAGCAAAUACCGACCGUUUAGAAGUGAAGACACUGAUUUCAAGUACGUGAAAGGCCAAGUUCUUUCUCCAGAAACAGGUGUCAAUGGUUUAAUCAUACCGUGUCACGAAUAUAAGUCUUUUGCCAUUGCUGCAGAAUUGAACAGACAGCAGUUGCAGUCAAAGUUUGCCUAUGAAGUGAUACGAUUUGCUUCAGCCUGCAUGAACAUUCGAACAAACGGCACCAUACAUUUUGGUAUCAUGGACAGUGUUGAAGAUAAGGGCUAUAAACACGGGCAGAUCAUUGGCAUAAAGGUCAAAGAUAGGGAACACUAUGUUGAUGCAUUAGAUUACAUAGAAAAGUGUUUUCCUGAAACUAAGCAAGAAACUGCAAGGAAAUGUAUCCACCCACCUGUUUUUAUUGAAGUGAUUUCAAAAGACUCUCAGGAACAAAGAUUUGUGGUGGAGGUUGAUAUUGAACCAACAUCCAGCUUAGUGAAGAAUCAAACUUUUGAUGUUUAUUUGCCUAAAUACAAUGAAAGCAGCCAGAAGGUGACCCUGACAAAAGAACGGUCUCUCUAUCAGAGACUAGGAGCAAAAUCUGAACUUGUAAAGCCCGACGACCUAAUUGCUUUUAUUGAGGGCUCAAAAGACAGGGAUGCUCAAAGAGAAAAGGCUGAGCUUCUCAGUACAGAAGUACAUACAGAAGUAUCUCAAAACUUGGGAAGGAAGUUAUCUAUUCUACUAAAUGAUGGCAAGAACUACAUGGAUGAUUCCCUACGGUACAUCCUUGUCACAAACAGAUGUACAGAGGAUGACCUGAACUCUAUCAACUUCUUAAUGCAUUUGAACGUUUUCUGUGUCUUUGACUUUGAUGAACAUUCUGUGUCAGGACUGUAUGGAAAGUACAAAGAACACCAUGCAACAAGGUCUUAUUUUUUACAGGAUUUUUCCAAUGAAAGCAAGACUGGCAAUCCUCCAUCUCAGAAACAUUUGUGUCUGUUUGAUCAGACUAGUUGGAUAUUCUGCAAUGGGCGCAGCGACUACCGUGGGGAUGAAGGAAAACCAUGUGAUGAAAACACAUGGAUUAGAACCAAAAAGAAAUACCUUAAGAAAGCAAUCACUCGGAUCUGUGAUGAAAUCCUGCCAAAGCGGUCUUUCAUUGUGCUUUUCCUAUUGCUAUCACCAGUUAAGAAACCAAUUGUGGAUACUUUUCAGGAAUUCUAUACAGAGAUGAAUGGCAUGGAGUACAUCAUUUGCAUUGCAGAGUCCAGAGAAAAUUAUGUGAAGUGGGCUAAUCUAGCUCAGACAUCGUGCAGCAUUGAGACCCUAGAACAACGCAGCAUUGUGGGAAUGAAACUAAGUCAUGUAGAUGCCACAAUUCAAAAAAUGCUGCCUUCUACAGCACACCCCAGACAUCUGCCAGUUUCCACACGAGCACUAUGCAUGCUUCCUUCGCUAGAAGAAGAGAAAAUGUUUUCUCUAGAAAUCCUUUGUGUCGAUCAGUGUGAUGAUACUAAAUUAGAUCUUUUGUCUGAAAAAGAAAUACAAGAAAUAGAACAAAACUUCUACAAAGGGAGAAAAAUCACCUGGAAAAAUUUCUGGCUUGCUGAUAAAGGACACUGUGGGGAAAUCAUCGAACGUGAAGCAUGCAAGGACGCUAGCAAACUCCUAGAUGACAUUUUACAAGGAACUGGACUCAACUAUUCUGUGGCAAAACUAAAGAUAUUCCACCAUCCUGGAAGUGGUGGAAGCACAAUAGCACGGCAAGUUCUAUGGAAAAGAAGAAAGGACUUAAGAUGUGCUGUUAUCAAAUCCUCAUAUUCACCUGCAACUGUUUGUGAGCAUGCACUUGCAUUUAGAGAUUACGAAGAGAAAGAAAUCAAUCAUUGUCUUCCUGUGCUCCUCUUAAUUGAAGAUUAUGAUGAAGACUAUUUAGAAGAAAUAAGAAAUGACUUAAUGGAUGCUGUAGCAACUAGAAAAAUUAAUUCCCCCAGACCUUACUUCAUUCUCAUGUCCUGUAGACGAUCCAAUGACCCUGAACGGCUUUGUAAGGCUUCUCCUCUGGACACAGUAGCCGUUACUCACAAGCUGACAGACUCAGAGAAAACUCUGUUCAAAACUAAACUUGAAAAACUGAAGCAGAAAUAUGUCGAGCCAAAAUUCAUACUUACAUUUGUCUUGAUGUGUGAGGAGUUCAAUGAAACAUAUGUGAGAGAUUUUGUAGGCCACAUACUGCAAGACAUAGACCAUUCUUCCCGUGAUACACGUUUGAUGCACUAUGUGGCUUUGCUUAAUUUUUAUGUACCUAAUUCAUACGUUUCACUAUCACACUGUGAAGCUUUUCUGGGACUGGGUGCCUAUACAGAAACAAAGUCAAGAGCAUAUGAUUUUAAAAGUAACUUAAGCGAACAAGCAAGAAUGAUUUUCAUUGAACUAAGGGAAAGUACCACCUAUAUUUCAUCUGUUCGGAUAAUACACUGUCUGGUUGCAAAAGAAAUUUUGUAUCAGCUUUCAAGGAACCAACCUCAAAGUCAAAUUGCCAUGUCUCUUCUUCAGGAAAGGAUGCUUUUUGAAAAUAGAUUUGGACGAGAGGAAUUCAUAAAAUUCAUCAGAGAUCUGUUUAUUCGCCGUGAUAAGAGAAGCAGGGGCGAUAAUACAGACAGCCUCUUCUCCCCAUUCAUUGAACACGUCUGUAAAGCUGAAGACUGUGAAAAAGCUAUAGCUGUUUUAAAAGCUGCGUACGAACUCCUUGGAAAAGAUGCCUUUUUUGCCCAGCAGCUUGCCAGACUGCAUUACAAUAAUGAAAAAUUUGAAGAUGCAAAAUAUUGGGUAGGUGUUGCAAAACUUCAUUUGCCAAAUGACUCUUACAUUCUGGAUACAGAAGGUCAAGUCUACAGGAAAUGGUUUAGUUUCACCGUGGAUAAAGUGACAGACAUUCCUGACAUUGACAAGAUAGAGAUUGCUCUUAAAGCUAUGAAAUGCUUCAGGGCUGCGCAACAGGCUGCAAAAGCAGAAACAGAUAAUAUGAACAACGCUGGCUAUUUUGGAGAAGUAGAAGUAGGAUGUCGUCUCCUUAAAUUUUUGUCCACACUUGAUGUAUUUCGCGCAAGUCCAGAGGGGGAGCACUCUGAGCUUGUGAAAUACCUGAUCACAGAUUACAUUCCUAAAGACAUUGAAAAAACAUGGGGAAAGCUUCACUCACGCUUAAGAGGCUUACGCCAGAACCUGUACAAUGCUCUGGAAUGGAUUUCAGAAGACCUAAGUUAUUUCCAAACAGAUAAAAACCAUGAGAAGGAAGACGACGAUGGAAAAGCUGAAAAGGAAGAACAAGUUUAUAAUCCCCGGAAAUGGCUGAAAAGACAGUCUGAGGUAUAUGCGAAAUUCUUCAUCUCAGCAUCACUUACUGGGGACAACAGUGGUCCUAAGAGCCAGCUGAUGAAAGGCAUGACUAUUUAUAAGAGAGGUGGAGGCAGCGUCACAAAUAUCCUGUCAUUCUUGACAGAUAAGAAAGAGAAUAGGUCAGCUGAAAAGCUAGAAGAGAUCCUUAGUUUCUAUCCAGAAAAUGCACUAAGGGACAGGCUGGAGGACACCGAUCUGAUCAAUUACAUUUUGAGCCACAUUGUAUUAGCAUGUUUAUCACCAGGAUCAGCCAAACUUCUUCCAAUGCAAACUCUCCGUGAACUCAGCACAAGAUUCUGUAAAGGAAAAAGAAUGUUGCCAGCAAGUGCCUAUUUUUUGCUGACCUUACUAUUUUGGCCAGAUGAGGCAUUAGACAAAGAGCCCAAUUCAGCCAAAGACGAAAUUUUAAGUUCAGCACUUCAAACCCUAAAACGUUUAUAUGACAUCAAGAUGAAAGAUGUUCCUCCCAGAAAGAAAAGAAUCUACACCCACUUUUUCCUAGGAAAGGGCUAUGGCUUAAGCAAGAUUGUGCAAAAAAAUAAAAUUGAUAAAUUAAUUAGUGGGUCCUUAGAUGAGAAGAGAAUGAAGUGGCUACAUGGAACUGUAUGGAAUAAUACCAUGAUAGGUCACAUUCUCAGAAGAGUUUCAGGUUGGACCAAGGAUAGAAAUUUAUUCAUACGUGGCCAUAUCAAGGAAUUUCCAGUCUUGGCACUCCAUCGUGAUUCAGUGCCCAAUGGAAAUGAGAAUGUGACAUUUUAUUUAGGAUUUUCAUUUAAUGGUCUUGUUGCUUUCAAUAUUGAGGUUGAAAAUAACAUUUCAACUGGCACCAGAGUACACAGCAUUUAGUACAUUAACAGUACCUACUGCACUGUUAGACAGCGCAGCACUGGAAAAGGCCUGUUGUCACAUUAAAGAAAAAAAGACUGCAUUGGCUGGACACCAGGUAGUAAGAUAACCACAAACUACUCCUAUGCUAUGAAUAAGGAUCUAAAAAAUUUGAAACCUACUAGUAAAAAUAUAUCUUCAAACAGAAGUCUUUUAUGAUUUUGGAGUCACCAAACAAAAUUUAUAUCUAAAGCAGCAAUAAUUCCUAUAUUUACUUGGGGAAAGGUGAGAGAAAGAAGGCCCACUAUUACUCCUCCCCACCCCAGCUUUUGGAGAACUGAGUUCCAAAAUAAACAGGCAUACCAGGGAUCCCUGCUUUCUUUCAUCAAAGACUAGGACAUUCAGCUAAUUUCUGGGUGAUCAUUAUCAGUAAAAGAAUGUGUCUACUGUUAGUUGUAUGGUGUUUUUUCUUCUCCCUGAACUGUAAACAAAACGUUUAAGUGAACUUACAACAUAUACACUACACUGGCUCUAACAUACUUCACUCACUACCACAUACCAUGUAUUAAAUACACCUAUGCAUCAUCAACUGCAAGCCAACAUCUAUUAUGGAAGCAGAGAGGAAUAAUUAGCAAUUUUAAAAAAUUGACUUUGCAAACAUCAGAAGUGAUAAACAGGUCUCAGUUUUUACAUCACUUUACAUUGCUUCUCUAUGUAAACAUUGCAAACCAUACUGCAUGCAUCUAUAGCUACGGGAGGGAAGCAGACAAAGGCGGUUACAGAGUCGUGACAUAAAAUAUUACUUGUAGGAGCUGCUAUGAUUUCACAGUCCAAACAAUUCCUGCACUUGGGAAAGUGUUUUUGCAGCAUUAUCCAAGAUAACCACAUGCUAUAUAUACAACAGACAAACUUACACGUUAUAUCUAUUCUUGAAAAAGUUGUCUAGCCUUAUUUACUAAUUUUAAAAAAAAAGGAGUUUGUUGUCAGUACUGCUUCUGCAACUAUGAAGUCUUUAAAAAUAAAGGAGCCAAUUAUUCUUUGAA